AGUUUUAUAAUCGUAAGAUAGACACGAAACUGCGAUUACAAUAAUUUAUCUCGCGUUAUAUUUCGAUUUAAAUAAAUAAAUGAAAAUAAUGAUAACUAAUCUAGCCGAUUCGAACAUAGAUCAGAGCUUGGAUUCUUUUGAAAAGUUCGUCGGCAAAUUCGAUCUAUGGCGCAAUUCAUUGUACAAACACCUCAAAUAUGAUACUGAUAUUUUGUCAGUAUUUUUGGCAAAGAAUAAUCCCGCAUUGGCCAUAACCUCAAUAUUUAGAGAAUUAACCGAUGAAUGCAAAUUAAUUUACGAUAAAAUAAAUGAGUUAUCGACAGCUGUUACAAAUGACUAUUUAAAGGCAUACACUGUCGGUAAAAAUAUCCAUUCGUUGAUAAACUUACAUCCGAAGCUGAAAAACACUUUCGCCCGCUACAAUGACAUGGCGUCAAUUUACAAUAAUUAUGUCAAAAAAUUAAAUAACUUCAUAUAUGAAAGCAAUUAUGCUGUUGUUUAUACCUCAGAUUCCCAUGACAAAUUUAUGAUAUUAAUAGAUAAUUUGAUUGAACGAUUAAAUGAACUUAUGAGCGCCGGUGAAUGUAAUGAAUACGGGCAUGAAAUAUUGAUACGUUGCAAGAGAAGUUUCAUAAAGUUUUUACCAUGUGAUUUUUCUGACAAUUUUAAUAUUUUGCCGGUAAAUACUUUGAAUAAUGACUUUGAAUCGUCAACGAAUGAAAGUUCGAUUGGAACUGUACAGACUUAUUCUUCCUCCUCUUCUUCUUCUUCUACAUCUUCUUCGGAUUCUUCGGCUGAUGAAGAAGCAGGAAAAAAUAUUGAAAAUAAAAUGAAAAUGGAAGUUUAUAAUCCCGAUAAUGAUUUAUCUGAUGACUCUUCUAGUGACGAUAAUUUGAUACCUGAAGAUUCUAGUGACGACGAUUUGGUGACUGCGAAAAAUGGAGCCAAAGAUUCUUCUAGUGAAGAUGAUCCAGAUGAAGAUUCUUCUAGUGAUGACAAUUUGGUGGCUGAUAAGAAUGGAGCCAAAGAUUCUUCUAGUGAAGAUGAUCCAGCUGAAGAUUCUUCUAGUGAUGACAAUUUGAUGGCUGAUAAGAAUGGAGCCAAAGAUUCUUCUAGUGACGAUGAUCCAGAUGAAGAUUCUUCUAGUGACGACAAUUUGGCGGCUGCGAAAAAUGGAGCCAAAGAUUCUUCUAGCGACGAUGAUCCAGAUGAAGAUUCUUCUAGUGACGACAAUUUGGUGACUGCGAAAAAUGGAGCCAAAGAUUCUUCUAGUGACGAUGAUCCAAAUGAAGAUUCUUCUAGUGACGACAACUUAGCGGCUGAUAAGAAUGAAGCCAAAGAUCCUUCUAGUGAAGAUGAUUCAGUUGAAAAUUCUUCUAGUGAUGACAAUUUGGCGGCUGACAAGAAUGGAGCUAAAGAUUCUACGAGUGAAGAUGAACCAGCUGAAGAUUCUUCUAGUGACAACUUGGCGGCUGAUAAAAAUGAAGCCAAAGAUUCCUCUCGUGAAGAUGAAAAUAAAAUAAAUGAAAAGAAAGUAGUGACCCUAGAGUCGUAUGAUUCAAAUGUUGAAAAGUUUAGUAGAAAGUUAUCAAAAAUAGAAAGCAAAACUGAAGAUUCUUCUAGUGACGACAACUUAGCGGCUGAUAAGAAUGAAGCCAAAGAUCCUUCUAGUGAAGAUGAUUCAGUUGAAAAUUCUUCUAGUGAUGACAAUUUGGCGGCUGACAAGAAUGGAGCUAAAGAUUCUACGAGUGAAGAUGAUCCAGCUGAAGAUUCUUCUAGUGACAACUUGGCGGCCGAUAAAAAUGAAGCCAAAGAUUCCUCUCGUGAAGAUGAAAAUAAAAUAAAUGAAGAGAAAGUAGUGACCCUAGAAUCGUAUGAUUCAAAUGUUGAAAAGUUUAGUAGAAAGUUAUCAAAAAUAGAAAGCAAAACUGAAGAUGCUGAUAGUUCUGAUGACGAAUCUGACGCGCAAAUUGACAAUAGAAUUGACAAUGAAGAUAAUCCAGAAAGUUCAAUGUCAGAAGAUACCGAAGAUCCAAAUAAUGAUAGCAAAGUAACCAAAAAUACGAAAACUGAUGAUACUGAAAAAACUGAUGAUUAUAACGUUGAGCCGUCAAGAAAACGUAAAAUAACUCAAGUUGACGGCACUGAUAACAGAUCGUCUUCUUCGGAUGAUGAAAAAUUUGAUGAAAAUAAAAAGGAAAAAAAGAUAAAAAAAUUCGAUUCGUCUGAAACUGAUUCUAAGCCAUCGGCACAAGUGCAAGAAUCAUCGAGUGACGAAAAUUAAAAUUACAAAUUCUGAAAAAUUUAAACAAAUUAUUGGAUAGAAAAAAAAUUUACAGACGGUGAUUUAAAAAAAUUUCAUGAUUCCAAUUAAUUAAGAAAAUAAUU